AUGCUGUCCAAACUUCUUCUUGCUGCCAUGGGUAGCAUCUUGGCUCAGAGCGCUGCAGUCCACGCAGCGGGAAGCAUCGGCUAUCUCUUCACUUUUGGCGACUCAUACUCCCAGACAGGCUUCGACCCCAACGGUGCAAAGCCCUCCGCUGCAAACCCACUCGGCAACCCGCCCUUCCCCGGAUGGACAGCAGCUGGUGGUGCGAAUUGGGUUGGAGACAUUGUCAAAGAGCAAAACAACUCUCUCGUGCUGUCGUAUAACUUUGCGUAUGGAGGUGCUACUGUCGAUGCCAACAUCGUCAAGCCCUAUGCAAGCACUGUCUUGAGCUUCGUAGACCAGGUCAACCAGUUCUCUAACUCUGUUGGCAAGCAUCCAGCUGGUACCUCUUGGACAGCGCAGAAUACCAUUGCAGGAGUGUGGAUCGGCGUUAAUGACGUCGGAAACUCUUUCUAUUUGCAGGAUGCUGACGCAGUGGUUGAGAAGGCGACUACGAGAUACUUUGAGUUACUACAGGUUCUGUACAAGGCUGGCUUGCGCAAGUUUGUCUUGCUCAGCGUCCCACCAACCGAGUUGACACCAUUGAUGAUCCAACAAGGCGCUGACUCAAACGCUCUUCUCGUCAAGGCCAUCAAGCUCUACAACAGCAAGUUGGCCUCAAAGCUCAGCGCUUUCAAGAAAGCUAACUCUGGUGUCAAAACUCUUCUUGUCGACACGUCUGUUUCUUUCAAGAAAGCUAUCAACAACCCCAAAGCCUAUGGUGCUCCUGACGCAACUUGCUACAACAGCGAUGGGAAGUCAUGCCUGUGGUUCAAUGACUAUCACCCUGGAAUUGCUAUUAACCAGCUUGUGGCUGAACAGGUGGCGAAUGAACUUGAGGCCAAUGGCUUUGGAUGUUUCCCCAUUGAGCAGAAAGUUGACUUCCAAACUUUCUGGAACGUCAUCAACAACGAGUUGAGCUCUACUUCGGAAACCCGACGUGGUAUCUGCCCUAGUACUGAGGAGCCUCUCUGGGAGUCACCCGUAUCGACCCAACAAGAUGUCGAUCAAGCUGUAAGCGCUGCGAAAGCGGCAUACCCUGCGUGGCGAAAGCUAUCAUGGGAUGAGCGUGCCAACUACCUCGUCAAAUUCGCAGAUGCUAUCGAGGCACAUAAGCAAGAGUUUAUUGAACUUCUGGGCCGUGAAGCUGGCAAACCGCCCCAGGCCGGUGGUUUUGAGUUGAUGCUUGUCAUGGAGCAUAUUCGAGAGACUCCAAAGCUGACGAUCAAGGAGGACAAGCCCGAUGAGAAUGAAGAUAGAACAGCCGUUGUGCGCUACGUUCCCCUCGGCGUCGGCGUCGGCAUCGUUCCAUGGAACUUCCCCAUGUUGCUGGGUAUUGGAAAAGCGUACCCUGCCAUGCUGGCUGGUAACACGUUCAUAUGGAAGCCCUCACCAUAUUCUCCGUACUCUGCCCUUAAGCUUGCAGAGAUUGGAGCCAAAGUCCUUCCUCCUGGCGUGUUCCAAGCUUUGAGCGGUGGUGAUGACCUUGGACCUAUGCUGACUGCUCAUCCUGGUGUAGCUAAGAUCAUGGAGGCUUGUGCAGCUACGUUGAAGCGUGUCACUCUUGAAUUGGGCGGUAACGAUGCUGCGAUUGUCUGUGAAGAUGUCGACAUUCCUGCAGUGGCUGGAAAGGUCGCGUUUCUCGCCUAUGUUCACGGCGGACAAAUCUGCAUGAACAUCAAGCGCAUCUAUGUCCAUGAGAGCAUCUACGACAAGUUCGUGUCUGAAGUGGUGAAGUUCUUGGAAGUUCUUAAGACCGGCAACUUCUCUGACCCUGAAGCCUUCUUUGGACCUAUCCAGAAUAAGAUGCAGUAUGACAAACUCCAGCGCCUCUAUGAAGAGAUCGACAAGCAAGGAUGGCAACGCGCAUUCGGCAGCGCAUCAGCUGCGAAAUGGGAUAAAGGCUACUUCAUCCCACCAGUUCUCAUCGACAACCCGCCCGAGGACUCAGAAAUCGUGCAAACUGAACCCUUUGGUCCAAUCGUUCCUGUCAUGAAGUGGCAGUCCGAAGACGAUGUUAUAUCCAGGGUCAAUGCAUCAGACUAUGGUCUUGGAGCGUCUGUCUGGAGUAAAGAUGUUGCUCGUGCUCGAAGAAUGGCUGAACAAUUGGAAGCGGGAAGUGUUUGGGUCAACACGCAUUUCGAGGUUGCGCCGAAUGUCCCGUUUGGGGGACAUAAGCACAGCGGUAUUGGUAUGGAUUGGGGGGAGGUCGGUCUAAAGGGCUGGUGUAAUCCUCAGGCUUACUGGGAAAAGCAUUCUGGGUGA